GCGACGGCAUGGGCGUAAUUCUAGUGCUGCAGCAGGGGCAACUCCGUCCUAAUAACUCAUUACGUCCUGUAUUCUGAUAGACUUGGACUCGCGUGGAAGACGACCCGACCAUUUCAAACUCUCUCUCUCUCGCGCGCGCACACACCCACUCUCUCCCUCUCCCCUCUUUCUCACGAACAGUCUCACGUUCGAAAUUGCAACAGACUCGCACAUUUCCUAUACGCCCACCGUACAAGAUUGCAUAAACAUUCAUAUAUGUCUAUAUAUAUGCACACGGUACAGCACAUGCAUAUUUGAAGUCUUCCGCCUGCUUCCUUGUACGUUAGCGUGCUAUGCCGCUGCAUUCUUACCAUUUUUUGUGGUUCUUUCGUUGAGUUUGUAAUGGGAGAUUGUUUCUUAAGAAAGGAGCCAUCAAAAGAAGGUUGUUCUCCGCCUCUUGUUAAAUUGAUGAAGGAUCAGAAAAGUAUAACCCGAGUGGCGUGCAUUAAUCCACCUAGCCUAAUGCCUGCAGUUUGGGACAUAAGUUCCAUCACCCGUAAAGAGAAGAUUGAUUUUCUAUCUUUGUUGCCUGGUUUUUCUCUAAGCCCUGCAUGUGAAGAUCUUCAUCAGGAAAGAGAGUGGGGGCUGUUCUUGGAAUUCCUGCGGAAAUAUAAAAGGGUUGCUAUUGCGAAGCUGGAAUUGUAUGAACUCUACAUACUUCCUCCCGAUGAAGAUUCUAAAUUUGGCUGUGCAACUGUUCUAUACCAACUGAAAGAGCCGAAGUUGAGACCUAGUCAGAAGUUUGAUGGAUUGAGGAUUGUUGCUGCUGAAAUCUCAUCUCCACCUGGAUCUCUGGCUGGUGAGGCUUCUAUGUCAAACUCCGACCUGAUUGAGGAUAGAAUUUCUGCUCAGCAACGAUAUCCAGAAGUAAUUGGAGAUUACUCUUGUGAUUUGAAAGCUAUAGGUAGCAAUAGACUAGGAAAUUCUGUUGGGCCCAUUAGGUCUUUCGAGAGAAAUUAUGUGACGGCACACCCCAGUUAUUUGAAAACCCUUGGUCAAGCACAUUCCAGCUGGAUAUUUGGUGCCAUUGCAGAGCUUGUUGACAAUUCCAGAGAUGCCAAAGCUACUAAAUUGGAAGUGGCUAUCAGUAUGAUUUAUUCCAGAACUGCUAGCAAGGACAUUCCUAUGUUGUCAGUAAUAGAUGAUGGCCAUGGAAUGAGCCAUUCAGAUAUCCAAAGAAUGGUAUCGUUUGGCCACGGGCAACCUGAAACUGAUGAUCCGGAUCAUAUAGGAAGAUAUGGAAUUGGAUUUAAGACUGGGGCAAUGCGACUAGGGAAGGAUGCUUUGGUUCUAACCCAGACUGCUAACUCUAGAUCCAUUGCUUUCCUAUCACAGUCACUUAAUGAAGGAAGAGAUAAUUUGGAGAUCCCCAUUGUAAGCUACCGCAGAACUGGGCAGUAUAUGGAAGUGGAUGCAAGUGUCCACAAUGAGGAUUUUGCCAAAUACAACUUGAAAACCAUUAAGAAAUUUUCUCCUUUUGACAAAUACCUCAUAGGUGAAAAAGCGGGCAUAUUUAGUGCAGAAGGCACUGGAACACAAAUUUAUAUAUGGAAUUUGGAUAAAUGGGGAUCAACAUAUAGCCUGCAGUGGGAAGCUGGGAUGACUGGUGGGAGUUCCUUCCAUCAGGGGGGUAUUUUCAUACGUUCCAGAAGGAUAAGAUCUCGCCUGGGUCAAAUAUCUCAAAUGGUGCCCUUGGACUACUCUCUUAAAUCGUACUUGGAGGUUAUGUUCUUAGAUCCACGGAUGAAGAUCUAUGUACAAGGAGCACUGGUGAAAAGCCGACCCCUGGCAAAAUCUUUGAAUAACACCAUUGUAAAAGAUGGUCCUGUCUUGGGAAAACCAGUUCAACUUACUCUUGGCCUUUCUCAAUUGGAGUGGGAGCAAGCAAAUUGUGGAAUGUUUCUAUAUUGGCAUGGCCGUCUGAUUGAGGCAUACAAGAGAGUUGGAAGCAUGAUUCAUAAUGGAGAUUGUGGUCGUGGCAUCAUCGGUGUAAUUGAUGUUACUGAUUUAAUGGAUGAUAGCAAUGGUCAUGUGUGGGUGCAUAACAACAAGCAAGGGUUCCAGGACUGCGAAGCUUAUGCUGAACUGGAGAGGUGGCUGGGUGAAAAAGCAGAUGAAUAUUUGGACGAAUAUGUUGAUAAGAUUCAAUUGAGAAAGGGUAAUGUAAAAUACAAACCUGAUCAUGAGUGGGUGCAGUGUGACAAAUGCAGAAAGUGGAGGAUGUUGGGCUCUGACUUCGGCAGCAAGACAUUACCUCUAGAAUGGUUCUGUUAUAUGAAGCCUUUUAAUGGAAGGUGCGAGAUGCCAGAAGAGGAGGUUGAAAAAGGAUUGAUCACAAUAUCGACCAAGCGUCAUGGUUACAACACUAAAGAUCCAAAUGAAUCCAGGAAUAGACUUCCUGAACAAGCAAGCAGUGAAUUGGAAGGCAGUAGUGAUGAUGGUACUCGAAAUGAAUCCAAACAGAAUGACAUUCAGUUGUCUCAUAAGCGGCCACGGAGACGUCUUACAAGGAGCUGUAAGAAGAGCUGAAUCUAUACAAGGAGGUCCUGUUUA